AUGUCCACUCUCCCCUGCAGACAAUUGCAUGCUGCAUGUGCUACGGCCGCACACCAGAUAGCCGAUGAGUGUGGCCUCGAUGAUCAUGGCGUGGCCAUUCACGACAGUUUGAGGACAGAAGGACCCCUGGCACCAUGCGGCAAGCCAAUGGUGAUUGCUCUGGGGAAUCUAGCGGUCAGGGUGCUUGCUUUGUACGCGUCCAGCCGAGGUCAGCAUGAAGCAGUCCCGGGAGAGAGCACAGGUCUGCAGGCCUCGAAUGAAAGCACGCUCGUGAGCGAGCUCGAUGAGCUUAUCUCGGCCACAUAUACCAAGUUUUACGCAUACAUAUCUGGAGGACUGCCACGUUACUGGAGACAGAUGUACACGGAUGCGAGCAUCCUCAAGUUCGCCCUGCUAUACUCCUCAUACCCUGCGAGUGCGUCCUCAACUGGCGUGGGAACGAUUCCCGACGUUGCAAGCGUCGAUGCCUUGAUCAAACCUCUCGAUCUGGCGCUGAUACUGGCUGGCGGAGCCGGCGAGAAACGAGGGAGCGGAUGGAUCCAUCAGGCGCUGGCAUUACUUCACGAGACCUGGAAGCACCACUUGGGAGAUGAUCGAAGUGUAGAAGUAAAUGAGGGCUGGCAAGAUCAACCAUGUUUCUCAGAAGCAGAGCCGUUGACCCCACCCGUCACAAACCCAGUCAAACGCGUCAGGCCACUCCCGAUGUGGGAGUUUCAACAGUUUCUCGACGGUGCUGGGUCCUGCCUCAAACCCUUGGUUGUGACCGACCUCAUCAAAAAUUGGCCUGCCUACACCACUCACCCGUGGAAAUGCCCCAAUUACCUGCUGUCGCGGACAUUCGAAGGUCGGCGCCUUGUCCCCGUCGAGAUCGGGCGCAGCUACGUCGACGCCGACUGGGAGCAAGAGAUCAUGGCCUUUGGCGAUUUUCUCUCCAGCAAGAUCAUCAAGCCGACUCCAUCCGAUCAUGACGGGAAGACGGGAUACCUGGCGCAGCAUGCUCUAUUCCGGCAGCUGCCGCAGCUCCGCGGCGACAUCGCCAUCCCGGACUACUGCUACACGGCCCCACCGCCGCACCCGGACCCGUCUCGGCGCCGACCCGAGCUCGACGAGCCGCUGGUCAACGCCUGGCUCGGCCCCGCCGGCACCAUCACGCCCCUGCACACCGACCCUUACCACAACCUCUUGACGCAGGUGGUCGGGCGAAAGUACGUCCGCCUGUACGCGCCCACAGAGGGCGCCAAGAUGCGGGCGAGGGGCGAGGAGAACGGCGUCGACAUGCGCAACACGAGCGCCGUCGACGUCGGGGCGGUGGAGGGCUGGGACGGGACCGCGCCCGGAAGUCGGUUCCGGAGCGGCGAGCUGGAGUCGUUCAGGGCCGUGCCGUUUGUCGACUGCAUUCUGGGGCCCGGGGAUGCUCUGUACAUACCUGUUGGGUGGUGGCAUUAUGUCAGGAGCUUGAGUGUGAGCGUGAGUAUAAGCUUCUGGUGGAACUGA